GAGAUUGUGUUCAAGACAAAGACUAUAGAUUUUGACGGGAGAAGAAACAUCCUUAUCCAGAAUGAAAAUGGACCCUGUGCAUUAUUAGCAUUAGUUAACUAUAUCUUGCUAACAGUUGAUCAUUUAAGUGCCCCAGAGAUUCAUGAUUUAGUUGCAUUGGUGAAUAGUUCUAAUGAGAUCCCAUUAAGUGGAUUACUCAACUAUCUACAACAGAUUGUCACUGCAAAUCAACGUACCUAUGGAAUUCCACCAGAGGAAGUUCAAACUACAUUAAGCUUUUUACCAAGCCUUCAUGAAGGUUUGAAUAUAAAUCCACAAUUUGAUGGUACUUUCAGUCCAAGUCAUGAAUUGGCAUUAUUUAGAGAUUUCAACGUUCCAUUAGUUCAUGGUUGGUUAGUUGAUCCAAGUGCCCCAGAGUAUAGAGGUGUUAUUAAAUAUAACUCUUAUGAAACUGCCCAAAAUGUGCUUGUUGAAGCUUAUGACGUUGAACAAAAAGCAAAUAAAGAUUCGGUUGAUUUAGAAAUUAUAGAUGAUUCAAGACAAAUUAAGUCUUUCUUUGCAAGAACUGCCACACAAUUAACAGAUUAUGGUUUACAUUAUCUACGUGAUAAUUUACAAAACAAUUCAAUUGCUGUUUUAUUUAGAAAUGAUCAUUUUGCUACAAUCAUCAAGAAAGAUAAUGAUAUUUAUGCAUUAGUUACAGAUGUUGGAUUUGCCACAAAGAAAAGUUUUGUAUGGGAAUCCUUAUUAUCUAUAAAUGGGGCAAACAAUUCAUUCUUUACAGGUAAUUUUUCACCAAUUUUAGAAGAUUCUUCAAACCCAUUUGAUGAUUCUAAUGUGGAUAAUGAUGAUUUGAAUUCAGCAGAGGAAAGAGACCGUGCAUUGGCAAUUGCAAUGCAAGAAGAAGAAGAUAAUAGAGUU